AUGAACGAGGACGAAACGACCCGACGACAGCCGCAAGGAGGGAGCGAAUUCCCCCCCGGUAACGGGCAACUAUGCAAGGUUCAGGGCUGCCAGCGGCGCAUGAGCUUGGAGGACACCUAUUAUCGUCGUUAUAGCGUGUGCAAGGAUCACCUGCGCGCGCUACAGCUCAUGGUGGAUGGUCGCAUUCAACGCUUCUGUCAACAGCUCGCUCGACACAGCUUGCGGCGCCGCCUUAGGUUGAAUGAGAGGCGCCUGCAGCGGGAACAGCUCCAACGGCUUCAGGAGCAACAGCAACAACAACGCCAGCAGCCACUGCAUCAGCGCCACCAGCCGCCCCAAGACAACCCCUACGAAAAUGAUGAUGAUUAUGAUGACGAUGACUACGGCAGCCUUACCGUCGCUGGUGUUGGGCGGCCUGAGCCCAGGAAUUCCUCUAGGUCUGCUCCGCGACCCCGUGGAGGCGCUGGCGCCGGGGCGUCCGCCUCGGGACCGUUUCAGCUGCCUGGGGCGGAAGACACCGCCGUGGACUUUGGCUCUCGGGGUGUGCUCGCGGCGGGGAUGCCCAGCGGACAUUGGACCCGAAGAGAUCAUUUUGCAGACGGGCACCAUCAGAACUUUGCCAGGGCGGCAGCCAGUGACGGCGCCCGCGGCAGCGCCAGUGGCAGCGGCGGACUGUUCUGUCUGGAUUUGGAGCAUCCCAGGUCGCAGAGCUUAAAGCUCGCUUUCUGCGCCCCGCUCGGUGGUGAUGGCGGUGGUGCCAACCCGCGACUUGGAGGCUCCGAAGAUCUGGAUGGUCUGGGUGGCAAUAGCCUCCAGCAGCUUCAGCAGAACCCCCAGCAACAGCAGCAGAAGCAGGAGCAGGAGCAGGGGCUGCGGGAUCAAGGCAAGUUGGAUGCGGCGGCGCCGCUGGCCGCCACACAAAUUUCAUUACCUGAGACGGCGCUGCGUCUGCAUUUAAACGCAAUGCCAGCUCUCCCCCUGCAACGGCAGCAGCGGCCAGAGCGCCACCAGUCGCAGCCUCAGCAGCUCCUUUGCGGUCUCCUUCAGGGUGGCGAUGUGCGCCGAGAGCCCUCCGCCUCCGUCGACGCCAUGUCUAUGCCGCCCACACAGAGCGGUCAGAAGCUCAUGCUUGGCAACAAACAACAACAGCAGCAGCUGCAACAACAGCAAGACCCCCGGCAGGUCCGGGAUCCCUUCGCUGUGUGGAACGUGGAGCAGCAGGAGCAACCGCUGCAGCCACUGCAGCAGCAGCAGGAGGAGCUGCUGCAGCCGCCAAUGCUGAUGAGUGGUGCUGGCGGCGUCGAGCGCCCACACCUGACGGCGGCGGACGCGUUUCCCCGUGACCCGCAGCUCCUGACCGCGCGGUCCAUUGUACAGGAUGUACGGCUGGAGCGUGAGCUGGUCUCCUUGCUGGGCAACCUGGCGGCGGAGCAAGAAAAGCUGGACGAUAUGUACAGCAAGGGGACCUCCCGGAUCGCCCAGAUAGCGGGUGCCAGUGGCAGCGGCGCUUGGACGACUGGCAGCGGUGGUUCGGACAGAGUCGGCCUUGGAUCCUCGUCUGGGUCCCUCGUCGGGCCCUCCUCGGGUUCCGACUUGCAGUCCGGUCCUCUGGUGCAGUCGGGGGAACGGGAGUCCGCGCAUCCAGAUGGUGAUGGAGACCGCUUAAGAACGGGACGGGUCAGAAGCGGGGAGGUUUCGGCGCCGGGGCCGGCGUCACUGCCGUACCUGGCGGCUGGUGGCAGUGAUGCCGCCAUCGCGUCCGCCAGGGCCACCGGCAUGGAUUGGGUGCCCACCGUUGGCGGCGGCGGCGGGGUGGAAAGCGAAUACGUCAAUGCCGAUGGCGUACUUAAGGAGGCCGCAAGACCGGGGACCAGCUUCUGGCCGACAUCGGCGCCGAUACCAUCACCAUUUGUACAGCCCGGCAGCAGUAGGGGUGUGUUUUACGGCGGCGGCAGCGGUGGCGGUAGCGGUGGCCACCGUCGCAGCGAGCAAGGUAUUGUCGGCGAUGUGGCCUCUCCGUUGGGCGGGCCGGAUUCUGUAGUUGCAAGACAGCUCGAGCACCCGGCCCAGGGGAACCUGUCGUACAACCCACUGACGGCGACCGUGUGCGACACGGCCAAAGCGUCGCUGCCGCUGCCUUACCCGCCAGGGACCGGCCAGCAGCAGCAGCAGCAACAGCCGUCACAGCAAUACUUGGUGGCUGACGGCAACGGCGGCGUCCCGCGACUGCUGCGGCCGCCAACCGGCCCCCAGCUACUCCAGGGCUCUGCGGAGGAGGCCUCUGGCGGAGCUUCCAGUGGAGAAGAACCCGCGGGUGUUGGCGCCUGGCCCGCGGUCGCCUCCCUGCAAAGGGGAUUUCCGACUACUUCCUACCCGCCGCAGCCACAGCCGCAGCCACAGCCGCAGCCACAGCCACAGCCGUCGUCGCUGUUGCAUCAUCCGCUUGGAAUGGAACAGCAAUACUCCCAACAGCAGCACCACUACCCGCCGCCGCCGCCGCAGCAGCAGCAGCAGCAGCCGCCACAUGCUGCGGCGCUUGACCACCCCACCCCGGCCGUGAUGCUGCCCGGGCUCACACCCGGCCGGCAACUACAGCCGCUACAGCCACUGCUGUCUCAGCAGCCGCCACUGCCGCCAAGCACCACGAGGCUUGAUGAGCAGCUGCAGCACAACCAGUACAACCACCUCAACCAAAGCCAGCACAAGGCGCAACCCGCCGCUACCCUGCCUGGCCAUGUUCAGCAGUCGGCGUCCUCACUCCUCGGCGUUGGACCGCACUUCCAAGACAACCAGCAAUCCCAUCAACACCAGCAAACCCACAACCCCUACCACAACCUCCCCAGCAGCCACUCGCUACCUCCUGUUGAGACCGCUCCAAAUGGCCCCCCACCGUACGGCGUCGUGCACUCGCUCUCGUUGCCCGCGCUGUACAACCCAGGCCGGCUGCUGCAGCGCCUAUCACUCAAGCUCCACGGCUGCUCCCCCGGCGAUCUCAUGCCGGAUAGCCGGGCCACAUUGCAGUCCUGGCUCACCUCCAUGGACCUCCAGAUGCUGCAGUACACCACCCGCAGCGGCUGCAUUCUGCUGAUAGCCGAUGUACUUGUCCCGGUCAGUUGCGGCGCCGCCGCAGCCCCCGCCACCAACAUCGCCUGGUCGCUUCUGACGAGAAUGGUGUCAGAUGGUCCUGCUGCGGGUGGGCCAGGGUCACCAUGUGGGGGGCUGGCGGCGGCGACGCUGCAGUCGCCGCCGCCGGCUGAAGGAAUGGCUGGCGCGGUGUUAUCACCGAAUCGCAGCGAGCUCCCGCCGUCGGCAUCAGUGGAAUCCUCGACUUCCUCGUCGGCGGCAUUGUCGUACCAUGAAGGUACCGGAGCGCGGCCUGGCAGCAGUAAGAGCAGCAGCGGCGACGGCGCUGAUGCGGACACCGAUAUCGGCUGCGGGGGCCACGCUGAUAGCGGUGACGGCAGUUUCUCUGAGGCUCCGACGAGCAAAGCGGCGAGCCCGACCAGGUGCGCCAUUGAGCACAGCCCUAGCGGUCCUGACAGCCGCACAGUCAGCAACAGCGGCAGCAGCGGCAGCAGGGAAGGUGAGCGCGCGGCUACCGGUGGCUGCGGCAACGGCGCUGGCAGCCCCGCCGCCAGCCUCUCCGACGAGGGCCUUACAGGCGGUGAAGCGGUCACGGGUGUCGCCACUGCUUGCGGCGAUGGGAGCGGUACGGCCAUCGGCCACCCUCAGGACCACUAUGGACCGCCGGAUACGCUGCCGGCGGCGGCGGCGGCAGCGGCGGCGGUCCCCGCCGCCGUCCCGGCAUUCGUCAGGGGCGCUGUUGACGAGCCCCUGGCCAGUAACGCACAAGGACAUAUGGGUCCCGUCAGUGGCUCUUUGUGUAAUCUCCUCCGCCAGCUGCUGGGUCCGCUGAUGGCGGGACCGGGGGCGGCGGCAGAGGGAGCGGCCGCUACUGCUACUGCUGCUACAAACCAACGGCUGGUGAUCCAGCUUGAUGAUCAGGUGCUCAGCCUCACCUGGCCGCCGCAUCUGGUCGACGGCCGUCAAGCAGCGACGUCUAGCGGCAGCGAUAGCGGCGAUGUGGCUGGAGCCGGAAGCGAUACGGCAAUCUCCUCUGCAAAAUCUUGUCCCCACGUUCCUCGUGGGGGUGUCGCUCCCCCUCCGCCCACAUUACUGGGCCUGAGGCCGGCAGCUGUCGUUGCGGGCCGCGCCAGCAGCCUCAGGCUGACCCUGAGGCUGUCGCCCCUGUCGCGGCUCGCCCGGCAGGAGGCGAAUCGCACUGCUAUCAGUGCUGACAAUUACGUCGCAGAAGAAACAGAGGCUGGUCGCGAUUGGGAGCAGCCCGCAGAGCUGCACCUGCGCUACGGAGGAGACUGCCUGCGGUGUCACUGGGCAAGACGGGUCCAGGCGGCACAUCCGCUGCUGCUGUGGCUUCACUUGCUGCCGCCGUUGCCUCAUUCGGCGGCGACGGCCAUGCGUUCGGGUGUGGCGGAGGAAAUCAACACGCUAGCGGAGUUGUACGACAGGUGGCAGCUGCAGCCGUUCCUUUGUGACCUGGGUCGACUGCUCAUGUUGAGCUCCGCGGGCUCGUGUCUGGAGGAGGCCGGCUACACGGAGGACUGGCUCGCCUACGAAGCCUUCAGCGAGCUGCGGGAGUCCAUGCCGGACGCGGCGGUGGCGGCUGGACGACUGCUACAGAAGUGCAUUGAGUGGCGACUUCCCGAGUGCACAGCUCUGGUCACCAGCGUGUUCCUCGGACUGAUGGAUGGACCGAUAUGA